AUUAACCAACAAAAUAACAACGAGACAAGAAGUCAUCUAUCUUUGUAGAUCACCAUCAUCAUUUCAUCAUCUAAAGUCUAAACCUUUAAUCAAUGGGAAGAAUCACUAGCUUUGCAGAUCUAAUCGGAAUAAUCAAAGACAAAGCUUCUCAAAGCAAAGCUGCUCUUAUCUCAUCAAACUCAACAAGCAAAUCUCUCUCUUUCCAUCUCUCCGUCCUCCGUGCCACCACUCACGACCCUUCAACUCCACCGGGAAAUCGUCACCUCGACGCUCUCCUCUCCGCCGGUACUGGCUCACGAGCCACCGCAGCUUCCGCCGUAGAAGCAGUAAUGGACCGUCUUCACACAACCAGAGACGCCUGCGUCGCUCUCAAAUCAUUGUUCAUCGUUCAUCACAUCGUUAAACACGGCCGCUUCAUCCUUCAAGAUCAGCUCUCUGUUUUUCCGGCUUCCGGUGGUCGGAAUUAUCUGAAACUUUCUGGGUUUAGAGAUGAAAAGUCUCCUUUGAUGUGGGAGCUUUCUUCUUGGGUCAGAUGGUACGCUUUGUAUCUUGAGCAUCUUUUGUCAACUUCAAGAGUCAUGGGCUUUUUCGUUGCUUCAAGAUCGAGCACAAUCCACAAAGACGAAUACGAAGACAUUGUUUCGUCUCUUACCAACACUGAUUUGGUUCGUGAAGUCGACGCGCUUGUCGGUUUAUUACAAGAAGCAUGUAAGAUUCCGGAUAUACCCUUCUGUGGUGGCAAACCUCUCGCUGACAAUAUCACCAGUUUGGUCGGAGAAGACUACGUGUCUUCAGUCAAUGAGCUUUACACGAGGCUCAACGAGUUUAAAGAGAGGUCUAACACUUUGCGCUUCGGGGAUAGGGUCGAGCUUGUAUGUGUUUUGAAGAGGCUUGAGAGUUGUAAAGAACGAUUGUCUGAAAUCUGGUGUGGGAAUUGGAAGGGGGGUUGGCUCGAUGGGUUGUGGAGUUUGGUUCUUGAGGUCAAGGUCAAGGUCAAGGACAUGAUUGGUGAUUUAGAGGAUAGUUGUGUGAAAAUUGAGAAAUCUAUUGUUGGGAUUGGGAGGAGAGAAAAAGGAUAUGAAUCAGCCCGGUUUACUGAUCGGUUAGUUAUUGGUUAUGGUGAUGCUGUUAGGUUUUCUUCCACUAGAUUUUCGAAUGUUGAUCGGUUUAAAUCCAGUUGAACGUCGUAUUGUAUAAAAUUAUCAUAAAAUCGUUUUUUCUUGGAAACAAAGACGUGCCUAAAUGUAUAAAUGUAUAAACCGG